CACAGGGAUUGCAGCAGCAGCAGCAGCAGCAGCAGCACUGCGAGAUGGAGAUCUCCGCUGCGUGUGUGAGUGCCUGUUCCCGCUGUCACUGCACCGGCUGCCUCUCUCUCAGCACUCCCGCAGCCUGUGAGAGCUGCUCCAGUGGCUGGACGGUACCCUGGCACCCACUGAGUACAUGGAUGAGCAGUGGAUCUACAGGGGAUCUGUGCUAUCUUGUCCUUUGCACCUUUGAUCUGUUUCUCAAGGAAAUAUGGUGAGCAAAGAGGACACCAAAUGCGUUGUUCUCUCAAAUUCAGAUGAAUCGGAUUCAGAAACAGUUCCCUCACACAGCAUUGACGCACAGUCCGGCUCCGAAUCUGGCAAACAGCAGGUGAAAAAAAGAAACAAGGCUUUACAAGUGCGUUUUAAGGAUAUCUGCGAAGCUCAGAAAGAGCAUCGUGCCAGACGCUCCAGGUCCAUUUCCUGUAAAGUUACCCACAGAAAGUACAUGACAAUGCCUGCCCGGCGAUCUAUUCCUAACGUGACCAAGAGUACUGGUGUCCAGACUUCACCAGAUCUUACAAAACGGUACAAGACUUUCCCAUUUGAAAGGAAAAAAGGACACACCUUUAAACAUGCUGCUUUGGUGGAAGAGUACAGAGGACAAAACAAUGGAUUUUUGAGUGACAUAAAAGCAGUAGGAGAUGAUGGACAACCUACUGGGGAGUCAUCUAAGUACAAGGGUAAGAUUGUGGGGCAGACAAAAGCACUGCUUCACCACACUGAUGACAGCAGUGAUACAGAGGAUUUGCUUUCCAGUGCCAACUGUGUGGAUGGACCCUCACAUUUCUCAGAAGAGGGUCAUCCUACCAGCUCUCCUUCCAAAAGUGAACCAGAAUACAAGGUUUGUGGGACAAGGACCAAACACAAAGGAUUACCCAAAGAAGACAUGGAUGCCGGCACUUCCUCAAAGCGCCAGCUAGCUGACUCAGAGUUUUCGCAGGACAAGCCAAAGGGCACAGGCCCUGUUGCAUGGAACUCUUUGACACAGGUGGAGUCUUUAGGAAGCCCCUCUGUGAGCUGUAAACGGAAAAAGGAUACACAGCUAAAUGAGCAGCAGUCUCAGACACUUCCCCAUAGUGCCAAAUGUUCUUUAAAGUCGCAAGGGCAGUGUCGGACAAGGCAUGUGUCAGCCUCCUCUAAACUCCAGCGAACACAUGGGGGUGACGAGGGCUUUCCUCUAGGAGCCACGGGCAUCGGGAGCAGCCAGCAGAUAAUAACCUUAUCUGGAGACAAGGAUAUCAAAGCACAGCUGCAGGCCAUGGAGAGUCUCAUCAGUUCAAGCCAGGAGACCAUCAAGGUCCUUCUUGGAGUUAUUCAGGAGCUGGAGAAAGGUGAAGCUCAGAGAGAGGGGCUCUCCUACCGAACAGGACAAGACACAGCAAAUUGUGACACUUGUCGAAACAGCGCCUGCAUCAUUUACAGUGUCGAGCUGGACUUUAAGCUGCAGGAGGACAAGCUACAGCCUCUGAUGAAGAGACUUUGUCCCCUGGACAGCCAACAGUGCCCUGCUCUGCCUUACUCCAAUGAAGUUUUCACAUCUACUCCGAAACGCAAGUCGAAGACAGAAUCCAAAAAGCAUGCUCGAUGGAAACUAUGGUUCCUCUAAAUAAAACCUGAAGCCUUUGGAAACGACCAUUUUCUUGGGCACGUUAAUACCCCUGUUAUUCUCAAAAUUGCUGAAGGAAUAUUCAGAUGGGGUAAUCAACACAUGGGAAUGGAAACCACGUGAUUUAAGGUUCUGUGUUGAGAUUCCACACCAUGUCACCUGGGGACUUGAGACCAAAAAAAUAAAAAAUAAAAACAUUUUAGAUUCAGUCUUACCUUUUCUGGCAUGUUUGCUGGACAGGAUCGACACACAUCUGCAAAAACUAGGUGAGCUUUGACAUACAUUUUUGCGCAUAUAUUUUUAAAAUCUGUGUAAAAAUGGCCGUUAUUCACGUACUGGCUCAAUGCACCUCUCACUUUAUAUUGAAAUCUCUUUGUUUCACCUUCCAAUGAAUGCAAUGCACUUUGGUCUUUUCCCCUUAGAGUAUAUUGCUUGGCAACAAGAGGAGGAGCCAUGUGGAGGGUCUUUUAAUGGGUGAAGCUCUAAUCUUUAAACGGACAUCAGCCCCCCAUCCCCCACUUCCUGAAAGCACAAACAUUUGACUUUUGAGAGAAGCAUGUGUAAAAGACUGAAACGCUAUAUGACUUUAUGUCAGCGCUGUUCUUAUAACCCCUACUAUCCCCUCCUGUUCCUCCUUAUCUGUUAGCAUACUGUGUAAUUUGUUUGUCUGACAGAACAUCUCCUUGCCUUUGCUAAUAACUCCUCCUUGUCCUUCCUCUUAUUGUAACACCUUUAUCUCUUUCUCUCUUUUGUAGCUUUUUAUUAAGCUUAUGGUGCAACUGACCAUCUUUGCUUUAGUCAUUCUGUCAUUUUCUGUUCUUGGAGUGACACGAAAUAUUCAGAGUGUAUACUUUGGAAUAUGUUCAUCUUUAUAGCAAAGUACUGUGAAAUGAAUUUUUAAAAAUAUGUAUGUUUGGGCCCCUCCUCUUGAAGCAGGUACAAUAGAUAAAAAAAUACAGUAUUCUGGGUUAGAUUUUUUUAAACAGCAUAUAUAAUGUUUUGACUACUUGUAUGGCAGAGUAUUUUCUAUGAUAACACUGUUUGCUUUUUAUUUUGAGUAUUUCUUUAUUGGCUUGUUUUGUUUAACAGUUCAGACAGAAAGUAAAAGCUAUUUUGACAUUUCUCUUGAGUCCAAGAGUUUGUCUUGGCUCUCAGUCACAGCAAAGAUGUGAAAUCUUGAAACUAAUACAUUUUAAGCCACUUGUCUCAUGUCCAGUUAGCUACUUUAACAAUCCAACUGUUGUUUUGUAACAUUUAUUUAUCCUCAUCAAUUUAGUAAAAUGGGAAAAAAAAUAACUUUUGAACGCCAAACACAUGUCCACCAACCCACACAAACAACUGUGCACUGAACUUGCAGCAAGAGCAGAAGGGCUAUAUACAGUGCUAAAGAAGUAAUGGUAGCAAUCUUACAGCAGAAAGGACUUGUGUCCACCAGCUUUGGUCAACUAGGGGAAAAAAACAGAAAUAAAACACAGAUGAUGUAGCAAUGACACUAAACUUGCACGCUUUUAUAAAGCAGGCAUUUAUUAAAUUCCUUUAGUCACUUCAUAACAGCAGCUGUCAUGUAAAUAAUUGAAUGGAAUUGUACAAGAAUUGUCAGGUAGACUCUCACUGGCCUCCCAUUGUUAGAUUACACUGUAGAUUACAUUAUUCAGGUCAACAAUCUCCAUGCAAAGAUCUGUACCUUGGAAAAGUGCAAUUUAGUGAUUAUGUGCAAUAUUAUGCAUUUUUCUACUGUUUCUACAUCACAAUUAAAACAUUUUCAAAUGAA